AGCAACACAAUGGAUAACACAGCGAAAGCAAAUAAAAAGGAUAUUCAAGAUGGGCCACACAAAGAAGUCAAAUUGCCUACCAGUGAAGCACUUCUAGACUACCACUGUCAAAUAAAAGAAAAUGCAGUAGAACGAUUUAUGGCUCAAAUAAGGAGACUUAGAGAAAAGAACCAAAAGUAUCAUGAAAGAAACAAACGCUUGAAGGAUGAACAGACUUGGCACAUACGGAACCUACUAAAGGAGCUGAGUGAAGAGAAGUCAGACGGGUUACCAGUUGUAACAAGAGAAGAUGUUGAAAAAGCAAUGAAGGAAAAAUGGAAGUUUGAAAGAGACCAGGAAGAAAACUUGAAAGAUAUGCGCGUGCAAAUAAAUAACGCCGAGAAACUAUUUCUUGAGAAACUCAGUGAAAAGGAAUACUGGGAAGAAUACAAGAAUGUAGGGAGUGAACAACAUGCUAAACUCAUUACCUCCUUGCAGAAUGACAUCAAUAGAGUUAAAGAAAAUGCAGAGAAAAUGUCAGAACACUAUAAAGUCACUCUGGAAGAUGCUAGAAAGAGAAUAAUCAGAGAAACUUUGUUGCAACUGGAUCAAAAGAAAGAAUGGGCCACACAGAAUGCCAUACGGUUCAUUGACAAGGGCAGCUACCGAGAGAUCUGGGAGAAUGACUGGCUGAAAAGAGAGAUUGCAAAUCACAGGAAGGAAGUUGAAAAAUUGGAAAAUACUAUUCAUGAACUGGAAGAAGAAAAUUUGGUGCUUAUUGAUCAACUAUUCAACUGUAGACUUGUGGAUCUCAAAAUACCCAGGCAACUAUAUCUUACUCAAGCUGCUGGACUGACAGUGCCACCUGAAGUGCCUUUGGAGUUGCCAGAUAUAUAUGAAGCAUUGCAACCUGCAGAAGUAAAAGGUAGAGACAUCACAAGCUCAUCAGUGGAGAGCGGUGCUUUAUAUGUCAGUCAUGAGCAUGGUAGUGGAUAUGCCAAGCAACUGAAGACAGAUGAAGAAAACAACUCAUGUGUAGACUUUGGGACCUCUGAUAUGAAAUACUUACUAUAUGAGGAUGAGAAGGAUUUCAAGGAUUAUGUAAACCUGGGUCCCUUGCAAGUGAAGCUCAUGAGUGUGGAGAGCAAGAAAAUGCCCAUUCAUUUUCAAGAGAAAGAAAUUCCAGUCAAAUGCUAUGAAGAUGUCAGGAGCCCAGAAAGCCGCAUCACAUAUAAAAUGAUGAAGUCUUUUCUCUAAGACCAAAUGCUGCAAAGUAAAAAUAACUUUUCCUUAUAAAUAAAUGUUCAUUGGGAACUGAAGUGUAUUAUUUGCCCAUUUUAUUUACACUUUGGUUUGUUUUUAAGCCCGUUGUUAUUUCUAAAGGUCAUAAUGGCAUUUAAAAUCAAAGUUCCAAGCUGUUCAUUUACCUGCAUGACAAAAAUGAGAGUACACUUUAUAUUUCCAUAUCCAAGU